AUGGAUGCAAUGUACCGAGGCCGCCAUGUCGCCCUCAUCCGACAAGAGCUCCGUGGCCGCCAAGGCCAUCAAGCUCCCCUCAGCGUGAUCCUCGCCCUCACGCCCGCCAACAUCGACGCCUUCCUCUCCCACCUGCACCGCUGCAUCCAAACACCCUCGGGCAUCGACACCAUCCUCCUCUUCCUCUGCUACUCCUCGCGCCUCUCCGCCAACAUCCUCGAAGCCGCCACCCAGGGCACCCUCGAGCAGUACGCCCGCCGCCUCCUCGCCGCCGUGCCCCUCGCCUCCGCCAAGGAAGCCGCGACCAAGAGCGUCGCCGUCGCUGCCGCUGCGACCGCCCAGCCUUCCGCCAGCGGCCUCGCCGUCCUCCGCUCCGCCGGUAACCUCCGCGCCCUGUCCGCCCUCCUCAGCGAUGUCCGCACCUUCACCCGCCUAUGGGGCCUCCUCAACAUGUACAUGGGCCUGAAGCGCCUGGCGGCGAGGGAGAUUGCCAUUUACCGUGGCGGCGAGAAGGCCCCCGGCGCCGCGGGCCAGGUCGAGCUCCUCGACCGAGCCAUCGCCUGGACGCAGCUCGGCGCCGGCGCCUCGUUCCAGGUGCUCGAGAACGCGGCGUACCUCGCGUCCAAGAAGGUGAUCAACCUGGCGCCCGCGUCGCAGAUGAAAGCCAUGCAGUGGAGCGUGCGCUUCUGGGCCCUCAGCACCGGUAUCGAGAUUGGCAGGCUCGUCAUCGAGAGGGUGCGCAAGGAGAAGGGCGACGUCACCACCGCCGAGCACCAGGAGUGGAGGGCGGGCUGGAACCGGUCGUUUGCCAGGAACCUCGCCUGGGCGCCUCUCACGGUGCACUGGAGUAUGGAGAAGGGCUUCGUCAACGACACCAUGAUUGGCGCGCUGGCCACCAUUCCCGGCGUCAUCCAGCUUCACCAACUGUGGAAGGCUACCGCUUAA